CAGAAGACGAAGUCACGUGACGGUCGAUCAGCUGACAUCAUUGACGCUGAGGAAGAAGACUGACAGCAUUAUGAUACAUUUUCUCGAAAAACUACCGUCUGAAGAAUGUCCUAAACUCAUACACAGGGUGGUGGAUGGGGUGUGUGGCCGAAGUGGUCCGAGGCGAACAGAUUACGGUGAACGGUGGAGUCUGACAGAAUGGGUGGAGUUAAUGAACACACUCUCCUCUUGUAUCCGCUUUGCUGUUGGAAGGGGCUGUUCAGAUCAAGAGAUCCGGGAGCUGCUGAGAGAGUUGGAGACGGCACAUGCUGAGGCUGUUCUCCAGUGUGUGCGCUCCAGGUUUGAUGAGAUCAGACAUGCUUUGGUGGACAGGACCAAUGGCAUCUCAAGCACACAGCUUCAGGACUUCAACUGGCAGUUAAAGCUGGCAUUGUCCAGCGACAAGCUGUCAGCUUUAAACACUCCUCUGCUAAAUCUCAGCCUGGACCUGAAGGAGAAUGGAAUUCAGAGAACGGUGAAUAUAGAAAUGAACAAAGAGGAGCUGCAAACUCUCAUCAGUGCACUAGAGGCUGCUAAUAAGGUUGUGUUGCAGCUGAAAUGAAGAUACCAGCAAAAGGUGGUUCUGUGCCAUCAUACUUUCAUAGAGAGAGGAUUUCUAAUGUCUGUAUUAUGAGACAAUGCCUGCAUGUGGGCAAAUGGAAACCUUACGGACAGAACCGGGAACCUGUCGGUGUCUCUCCUGAGGUGUUCAUAAAGGACUGAAUAUUAUUUUUCAAGCUCCAUCAGUAUGGACCACAGUUGACUUGAAGUUGCCCAAGUAAUGGUGGCAGGGUUGAGUGUUUUGCACUCUGAAAAGCUAAAUGCCUGCCUGACACAGAUCUUGCUUUCAGUUCUCCAUGAAAUGCAAAUGCAUUUUAAUUUCACACCCCAAAAGGUUGCCUUUCUAAAUAAAGUAACUAAAAACAUUAAACGUCAA